AUGGUGAAAAUAAAAAAGAAAAGCAAGCGGCAGUCAACAAAGCACAGAGUUAAAGUUGAGAGAAAGGUCCGUGAACAUAAAAGGAAACUAAAUAAAGAAGCUAAAAAGAAACCCAAGAGAGGUAAACCAAAAGAUCCAGGUAUCCCCAAUAACUUGCCAUUCAAAGAGGAGAUUCUCAAGGAAGCUGCAGCUUACAAAGAAAAGAGAGACCAAGAGAGAGAAAAGAAAAAAGCAGCAAGAAUGAAGGCAAGAGAACGCCUUCAGAAUCAGAAAAGAGAUCUUGUCAGCGUAAUGAAAGAUGCCGAGAAGCGCCAGGCAGUCUAUGAUAAACAGCACCAUGAUAGUGAAAAACCAGAACAGUUGAAGAGUGCUGGUAAAGUAACAGAAAAUUCAAGAAAAACAUUUUACAAGGAAUUCAAAAAGGUGAUAGAUGCAGCAGAUGUUGUCUUGGAGGUUCUUGAUGCGCGGGAUCCUCUUGGAAGUCGGUGUCUGGAAGUUGAGGAGACUAUUCGGUCUUUACCAGGAAACAAAAGACUAGUUCUGGUGCUGAAUAAGAUAGAUCUUGUCCCUAAAGAGAAUGUUGAAGCCUGGCUGAAACAUCUGAGAAAGGAACUACCAGCUAUUGCAUUCAAGGCUUCAACACAGCAGCAGAGGGAUCAUCUUACCCAGUCUAAAGUGGACUACUUCACUGCCAGUGAGGAUCUUGUCAAGUCUAGCCAUUGCCUGGGUGCAGAUAUGUUGAUGAAGUUGCUGAAGAACUACUGCCGUACCACAGAGAUGGCAAUCAAUGUUGGAGUUGUUGGAUUUCCAAAUACUGGAAAAAGUAGCAUCAUUAACAGUUUGAAAAGGUCAAAAGCAUGCGAUGUUGGAGCAGUUCCUGGAAUUACAAGGACAAUGCAGAGUAUACAGCUGGACAAACACAUCAAACUCCUGGACAGCCCUGGUGUAGUGUUGUCCACUAGUCCUUCAGAUGUUGCAGCUGUGCUGAGGAAUGUUGUCAAGUUAGAAUCACUAGAAGAUCCAGUUCCGUGUGUCGAAGCAAUUCUGUCCAGAUGUCAGAAGUCACAGAUGAUGCUGCACUAUAACUUGCCUGACUAUGAAGACACAGCCGAGUUUCUUUCUCUGUUGGCCCAGAGAAUGGGAAAGCUAAAGAAAGGCGGGACGUUGGACACUAGCAGGGCAGCUAGGACUAUGCUUCAGGAUUGGAACAAUGGAAAAAUCACAUACUACACUGCUCCGCCAGAGGACACAGUGGCAUCAAGCCACAUAGAAGCUAAGAUAGUCACAGAGUGGGGCAAGGAGUUUAACAUUGACGAGCUGAUGGCAGAUGAAUCAAAGAUAAUGGCAGGACUUCAUACGAAAAACAUCAGCCCAUUGCUUGUGUCCAGCGUUGGGCCUCUGAAAGCUGUUGUCAGAGAGGAAGAUUUGGAAGACAAAGAGGAUGAUGACAUGAAGGAUGAGGAAGAUGUAGAUGAUGAUGAUUUAGAUGAAAGCAUGGAGGAUGAAGAAGAAGAAAAAGAGUUGAAGGGGGUUACAAUAUCUGCUGGAAAGAAACAGAAGUCUGCAAAUCAGCCUCUUAGCACAGUUGGGGGGCGACCUCGAGGUCCUCCUGUUAAGGUGCAGCUGGAGAAAUUUGGCGGGCUAACCACAAAGAAGGGCAAGAAAUUGGCUGAUAAAAAGGAAAAGAAAAAAAGGAAGAAAUCAGAUGCGCUUGCUGGGAAGUUGUCAGAUGCAUUGUCGUCAGCAUUUGACAGUUUGGGUGGUGAAGGCUACAAUUUUGAGACUGACUUUGCAACAACUGUACAGUGA